CAAGCGAUAAACCCUACAACCAUUUGCCAUUUUUCAGGACAAUUUGGUCUUCCAGAAACAAUGAGCGUGGCCAUUCUCAAUGCAGAAACCAUAACCGAAUUCAUCGACGAUGCCGAAUCGUUCCAUCACAGCACAGACGAACGGUUUCGGUUGCUCGAUACGGAUGGAGAUGGCAUCCUCUCCAGCGUCGAGCUCCAUCGAGGGCUUGACAAGAGCCUGGGGUUGGAGUAUGAGAUACGAAUGGAAGACGAGGUGAACGAUUUCUACGACAUGUUCUUUGCGCAAUUUGAUGAGGAUAACCACGGGGCGAUCAAUCCCGAGGGGUUUAAGUUGCUCUUCAGGAAAAUAAUGGUUGCACUAGCCCACGGAAUCGGCGGCACGCCAGUCCUAAUGGCUCUUCAGCCUGAUAGUUUGUUCAACAAGGCCGUGGAACAUGAAUUGGCACGAAGGAAGAAGAACCAAAUAUCGAAAGCAUCUGAAUCGGCGACCCCUAAAAGCCUUAUUAGUCCGAGGGCUAGAGUGCGGAAACCACGUACACCUGGGGGAGGCCUCCUCGUUUGCUUCUUCUGUGGUGCAGAUUCGACCAAGAAGGAUGAUCCCUGAUCGAUUGUUGUACAUACACAGCGAGAAUCAAGUCUGCCAUGGGGUUUUUUUUGUUAAACUGAAACCAUCGGUUUCUAAUCCGUAUCGAGAUUGCGAACUCGUUUGCCCAGUGCGUGCAGUGUAUUAAGAUUGCUUCUCGGAGCUAUCACGAUGGGCCAACUAGAAUUCUCGCACUUCGGCUGUUGGCAGUAUAUUCUCGGUUCAUGUAUUAUAAGCGUUAUGUACUCUGAAACCCAUCGGGCUGGCAUUCUCUGUUCUCAAUGGUCCUUAAUUGGAAGAGUAAAUUGGCAUUUGCGUGUCUACUAUUACCGAACAGGGAUUGCUAAUAUCGGAUUUAAGGCG